AUGCUUCGCUAUACCAUACUUCAUGUUCUGCUUUUCUCGGUUUUCUUAACCCUUGUUUGUUCAGAGUCUGAAUUAUUUUAUUUAAAAAAUAAAAUCUCUGGGAAUGUUAUCAAGCUCAAGGGAUCUAGUAUUGAGGCCGGAAAGGAGGCAGAGGUUGGCGAGAAAAAAGAAACCGAUCCAACUCAAAAAUUUAUUAUUAAAGAUAAUAUGAUUUUGUUUGAAGCCAAUAAGAAUUAUGGCUUGGGCUUUUCCUCUGAAGGAACAAUUAAAUGUUAUGAUGUCGAAUCUCUUGGAAAAAAAAAGGAUCUUCCUAAGAAUCUUGGUACUGACAAGCAAUUAAAAGCCCAAUUUAAGUUUGACGAUGGUAAUAUCGUGUUUUUGAAGGAUGGAAACCUUGGUUUCAUCGUUGAAGGUGAUCAACUUAAGAUCGGCAAAGUUACUAAAGAUCCCAAGAAUAAGUUUAUUCAAGAAUAUAUGCAAUCAGGAUGUAGCAAAUCUUCUGCUAAACCUGGUGUAGACAAAGAUGUUCUCUAUGUGAUUGGUAUUCUUGAAGAUGGUGAUAAAGAACCCAWAAAGUUUCUCAAAACCACUGGUACAACAAAUUCAAAACCUGUAAAAUCGACACCCUCGCUGAGUGAGGCAACUCGCUUUAGGGUAACCGAAUUAGAAAAGGGCAUUUUCUACAUCUGUACCGAAGCCGGUGACUGCAUGGCAAGAUGUAACAGUUGCCCUGGUGACGAUAACAAUUCGGAAAGAAAUAUUAUUAGAUGUCAUCAUAGAUCCCCGAUCAAAAAAGAUAAAGGAUUCGGCUUGUGGGGAAUUCGAAAUGCGAUACAAAUUACCAAGGAACAAAAACAAGCAGGGCCCAAUGCGUCAGGCUGUGAAACAGUUUAUCCUGCUGGAACCACAGAGCGGCCUGACAGCACUAUAACAAAGACACCUCCAUUUAGUAUGAAAAUCUUUGACAAUCCUAUGGGUUUAAGACUUAAUAAUGAUGGUAUCUUGAGUUUUGGCAACACUCCCUCUGAGGACAAAAUUUUUGUUUUAAUUCCGCAAAAAUAA